AAGGUCCAAAAGUUUUCCCAGUGUACGUGCUUGCAUGUGUUUGUGCGUGCAUGAGUGUGUGGGGGGGUGUGGGUGUAUACUCAUAGGUGAGCAUGCUCAGAUAUAUAUUUCUAUCCCUUUAGUGAAUGGCUCAUUAUCCCAAUCUGGAGCUGAAGUUCAGGGCGAGCGGCAGCGUUAAGUCCUUCAGUGAGUGAGCGAAAGACGAGAGGGAAAGAGUCGGCAUGGCCCAGAAAAACAACUUUCAAUUCUCCAUCAGGGAAUAUAGACCCUCAGACGAACCCGAGGUCAUGUCCCUCUUUCGCGACGGGGUACUUGAACAUGUAUACCCGGCUUUCUUCAGUGCCAUGAGCCACCCAGACCAUGUUGGCAUUGCGCUGAGCAUUUCCAUGGCUGGGUAUGUGCUGGGAGGCAGCUCCUAUUUCCAAGCGUUACUCUUUGGCAGUGCAUGGGCCGGCCUCCUUUAUUACUGCUGCUACGAGAUCUACGAAGACUACAUGACCAGGAGGCUGAGCACGGACAUGGCCGACAUCCGAGCCAACUACCUGGAAAAGCCAGACAGCGGUUUCUGGGUGGCAGAGGCAGACACCAACGGCCAGUCCAAGGUGGUGGGGAUGGUGGCGGUGACGGGGAAAACGACAGGGGAGAGGUUCGAUGACUGGAACGGGGGAGCGAUGGGAGAAGGCCCAGAGUUUGCCCAAGACGCCGGGGAUGGGAGCUACGGCGAGAUGUCCCACACGAUUGUGGUGUUCCCGUGGCGCCGCCAAAACCUGGGCUCGCAGUUGACAAGGAAGGCCCUUGAUUUCUGCAAAGAGCGAGGAUACGCCCGCCUCGUUCUGGACGUCACCUCGCCACAGUCGGCGGCCAUUUCCCUCUACCAAAAAUUCGGUUUUGUUCAGACUGAAUGCCACAGAAACACACACGCCAACCGCUGGUUCUCCAAACUGGCCCGAAUAAAUGUGAUGCGAAUGGAAAAGUUAAUUUAGUGGACUUUAGACCUUCUCACCUGAUGCAACCCCGACCGCACAUUAAGAAUAUAUCAGUUGAUUUAGGCUUCUUGUCUCAUUCAAUGGCAAAAAAAUCUUGGAUAUUCACCAGUCAAUCACUCCAGCUAGCCAUCAUCAUAGUUUGAAAAAAAAGAUACAUUAA